AAAAUAUCCCUCCUCAGCUUUGAAUUGUGGGUAAAACAUGUCCGCGCCCGUCUGCAUCCUUACAACCUUACUCAACCUGCAUGAGACAAGUUAUCAACAUUGUAAAUAAGGAUUUCUGGCUUCAGAACAGAGGACAUUCUUGUUAUUGGGUUUUACAUUAAUUGUGAAGAUGUCGGAGGAGACACAGAAGGCCGGCGUCUCCGGAAAAGCGCUUACAAGACAAACGAUUGCUGACAUGCUGAUGAGCAAUUUCGAAAAACUUCCUGACAUUGAUCAGAAACUCUUCAUGUAUGGCCCUGCCUAUCUGGGGGGGAAUGGAGCCCUCGCGGGACUGGUAUCCAACAGCUUGUAUCGCAGAUCUCUGAACAUCAAACAGGCAGCUUUCACUUCGUCCAUGCCGAUGGCCGUGUUGCCCUUCCUGUCAACAUUUGCUCUGUACAACGCAGCAGUGUCCGGCCCCCUUCUGUACGGGGAUCUCAACUGUCCCUCUUGUGCCCUGAUACGAGGUGCACUUGUUGGUGUGGUCGGUGCUGGAUUGUACCCCAUUCUGUUGGCUUUACCUGUCAAUAUCGCUAUUGCCUCAAUGUACACCACUGCUCCGCUACCAGAGAAGGGCAACAUGUUCCGGUUCGUCGUGGAGCUCUCCAGACCGAUCAUGAGGAAGAUGAGGGCAGUGCUUGUGCUCCAGGCUUUCUUCGGAGCUUACCUGGGCUCCAGGAACUUUGAAUCUUACACCAAGCUGGCCCAGAUAGCGUUUAGCUCGGGCCAAGAGCAACUCAAAGACUAAAAUAUUGUGAGCUGUUGAACCCUAAAUGUUUUGCAAAUUCAAUAUUUCAAUACAGAUGACAAUGACCCAUAUCAAAUCAAGUCUGUGCAACUUUCCUAAGAUUGCAUGCAUGUCAAAUGAAUUCAGUACAUGUCUAAUUUUUCAAUAAAAAAAUUCUCUUGAAUUUAGGCAAAGCUGUCAUCACAAUGUGGCAUUAGUUGUAUCCCCAACAAUCCACAGAAAAGAAACAAACAGCAGUACUGAUGUUGUUGUAAUGUGGACCAGCCUUAUAAUGUACAACUAUAUCCACCUCUGAAGCACAGACUAGUUAAUCAAGGAAAGACAAACAUACCAAAACAAACAAACUAUGGAAUAAAAGGAUGAAACAAUGUUCUUUA